AUGUGGCCAGGUACAUUUGGCAAGGCUACAGUCAUGGUAAAUGGAACAAACAUGGGUGACGGGAGUUCAACUGCUCACAGAGGUUUUAAUAUUCAAAUGUUUGAUGAUAUAACAAUUUAUAACCUUUCAUUCGCUGUUGAGCUUUCAGGUAAAAAAGAUAAGACUCGUGGGCCAUUCACAAAUGACCGGGAUUACGAAUGGAAAUUUACUGGUAGUGUAGAUACAUGGGAUAUUGAACAGCUAUCCUACAUAAUUUAA